UUACAUGUACGGUGAUUGAGGGAAAGCAGCCUGGUUGGAUGAGGAUGUCCUGACAGAUCCAACGGCUAGAGUCUUUCCUACUCUAAUAACUUUUUCUGUAUAUUGUUAUUUUAUGUUCGCCCCGAGAUAUAAGGUGUCACAAUUCAAAGAAACCAAAAUGAAAACCCCCUGAUCGCGCUCAUGUCAACCUCCACUCCUCCACCACCACCACCAACAACCCAGGACCCAAACCUAAUUUCUCAACGGCCCAACCCACCUGUUCCCCUAUCCUCCAACGCCGAUUUGCCACCCGACCCGCUACUAAAGUCCGGAUUCUUCAUCAGUGACGAUUCCCCAACCCCCACCCCUACCCCUACUUCUACUCCAACCCCCACCACCACCACCACCACUACCCCCACUGCCACCGCCACCGAUGCCGGCUCCACAACCAGUGCUCAUACUCCAAAUAACAAAUCACCUAAGCAAGCUACGUCGAAUGGAUCAGAGUCCCAGAGUACGCAGCCAAAGCGCCGGCCAGCUACAGAGGCGGGGCCGGAGACGUUGGAAUGGUUGCCGGCCAGUUGGUUUAUUGAAGAUAGGGUUAGGACUUCCGGAGCCACAGCUGGAGUCAUUGAUAGGUAUUAUUUUGACCCAGCCUCAGGCCGUCAAUUCAGAUCAAAAAAGGAGGUGCUUUACUUUUUGGAAACUGGAACACCACGUAAAAAGAAGAAAGGAUCAGAGAGUUCCAAUGCUGAUGUGGAUUCUAUGGGAAGCCAUGGGAGCAAUAAGCAGAAGUCUGGCACAAAAGGCAAGAGCGCACCUGUGCCCACACCUGCACCCGCACCCACAAACUUUGAUUAUUCCAAUGCACCUGAAAAGAUACAAUGGGUGCUGACAAAGUCUUCUGAAGAUACCUGGACUCCUUUCAUCGGUAAAGACAAGGUGCCUGAAAGUACUAAACGAGAAUGGGCUGUUGCAUUCAAGUUCCUAACAACCAGCAGUGGUGGUAACAAAAUGUCUUGAAUGUAUUUUCGCCCAACCUUGUUGUGCAUUCUAGGCAUGAUCUCAUAGCAGUUUUUGGAUAUAUUCUCUCAAUCUUUGCUAUUAUUGCUUGAUAGACCACUUGUGGUUAGUUUAUAUCACAGACUUGCUCAACUGAUCAACUAAUUAUCAUUUGUUUUUUGGCCAAAAAUAUCGGAGAUUGUAAUAUAUAGGGCUUCAAUUAUUGUUUUACAUUAGUUGGGUUCCUUUGUUUGCUGUUUCAUUUGUAAGUGAGAUCCAAUUGUAUUAGCUUCACCUUCUUUAGAACUCAUAAUUUGCUCUUUAGAAGUUUGUGUUUUGAAUAUGAAUGGGAUAUUAUUCUCA